ACAGACAGAUGGACAAACUGUCUGCAGCUCAAGGACUGAAGGACACCGUAAAGCGCAGCUGAUAAGCGGCUUUAAUCGGCUAAUUUGGCCCCGGUGGCCUUUAGCAGGCUGCAGGUAAACACACCGGGGCUGAAACACACGCAGUCCGACGCGGUGUGACCGCAGAGGCUCUCCGGCUGCUCGUCACUCUGCAACUUGAGCCUCUGAACAGUGAAGAUGGAUUUCCCCUCAACUUUCUGAGGAUUUAAGGAUUUUAAUGCGCUUUUGACUGAUUCCGACUCAAAUGUUUUCCCUCAGGAGGACAACUGGAACUUUAUCAGCACCUGUUUAAUAAUUAUGAGUUAAAGCUUUGGAUGUCUGUUUUAUUUUUUGUAAAUAAGACCAAACUCCACCUGUCUCCAUCCUGCUUUUACGCGGAGGGUUUUUGCGUAACGUGCGCACCGGAGCGCUCCGGAGCUCCACGGUAGAGUCUGUUAGAGUCUCCGUGUCACCAUGAUGAGGCCACAGAGCGGGGACCAGAGUCCGGCCCGGCCUUCAUGAGAGCCCGCUGGCCGCUCUGCUGUGGCUCGGACCGGGACGGAGCGGAGGAGCCGCGGCGGAGAUGGCGGCCAACGUGAGCGCGGUGGCGGUGGGGGAGGAGGCGGCUGCGGCGGCCGCGCGGGGACACAACCUGCCGGCUCUGCUGUUCGGGGUGCUGCUGAUCGUGGUGAUCAUCUGCGGGAACCUGCUGGUGUGUCUGAGCGUGUUCACCGAGAAGGCGCUGAAGACCACCACCAACUACUUCAUCGUCAGUCUCGCGGUGGCGGAUCUGAUGCUCGCGGUGCUCGUGCUGCCGCUCUUUGUCUACUCGGAGUUCCAGGACGGCGUGUGGACUCUCAGCACCACCGUCUGUGACGGCCUGAUGACCAUGGACGUGAUGCUGUGCACCGCCUCCAUCUUCAACCUCUGCGCCAUCAGCAUCGACAGGUUCAUUGCCGUGUUAAUCCCUCUCAACUACAACAGGAAGCACGUGGACCUGCGGCAGGCGGUGCUGCUGUCGGCCACCUGGAUCAUGGCCCUGGCGGUGGCCUCGCCCAUCAUGUUCGGGAUCAACAACGUAGCGGGCCGUGACCCCACUGAGUGUAAACUAGAGAACAACGACUACGUCCUGUACUCGUCCGUGUGCUCCUUCUUCAUCCCGUGUCCCAUCAUGCUGCUGCUGUACUGCGGCAUGUUCCGCGGCCUGCGGCGCUGGGAGGAGGCGCGUAAAGCCAAGCUGAAGAACAGCAUCCAGGCCUGCCGCAAGCUGCAGGAGGCUGCUGCCUCACUGCCGCCACUGGCCUCGCUUCCUCCACCGCUGCCACCCAUCAUAGAGAGGGAAAUGACAGAUAACCUAGAAGAACCGUCCACCUUCCCGUCAACAGACAAGCCCUUCCACUCGUCAGAGCUCAAAGAUGGCCCCCUGCCGACCGUCAGCUUCGCAGAGAUCAAGUUCAACCCCGACCCUCGCAGGAGGAAGAGGGCCAAGAUCAACAGCCGAGAGAGGAAGGCCAUGAAGGUGCUUCCUGUCGUUGUGGGUGCCUUCCUGUUCUGCUGGACUCCCUUCUUUGUCCUCCACACGAUGCGAGCUCGCUGUCAGGACUGCCACGUCCCACCAGCCCUGAUGAGCGUGGUGACGUGGCUCGGCUACGUCAACAGCGCUAUCAACCCUGUCAUCUACACUGUCUUCAACACAGAGUUCAGGAACUUCUUCAAAAAGGUCCUGCACCGCUGCUGCUCCAAGAACGCUUGAUGAGGACACCACCGCCGCCACUGCUGCAUGGACGACUUUUCUGCUGCAAGAGACGCUGCACUGUUGAUUUAGUGUCUGUGUCCGCCACCAUCGUUUCCGUCCUCUGUGAGGUUUUUAUUUUUCUACAUUUGACGACAGCAAAGUUUGUUUGAGCUUCAUGUUUCCUGUGAAGGAACAAACUGUUCAGAGGAUCAGCAACACGUCUACAUCACACAACCGACAAGGACUGAUUUUAUAUGUUGAAAUUCAUCUUUUCAGAA